AUGGGACUGAGAAGUCCACUCGGGGCAAAGUUGGGGUCGCCUGACGUCGAUCGGCAAUCAGGAAACGUAUCUGUGCUCGACGUGCUCGUGAACGAGGUGGUGGUGCUGGUUAUGCUGCUGGUCGACGAUGCACUCACCGUCGUUGAAGUGGAAGAUGAAGUACUGGAUGUAGACGUCGUCGAGCUUGUGCUUGUGGAUGAUGACGAAGAAGUUGAGCUGGACGUAGAAGUGGUGGAACUGCUUGUUGUGGAGGAAACAGUGCUGGUCGAAGACGUUGUGGACGUGAGAGUUGCAGUGGUAGAGGAUCUGCUUGAGCUAGAGGUGGAGGUGCUAGUGGACGACACCGUUGUAGACGUUGUGCUCGUGAUCGACGUGCUGGUAGAACUGCUGCUGCUCGACGUCGACGAUGUGCUCGUCGACGUUGUGCUUGUGCUCGUGACGGUCGUUGUUGAAGUGGAUGUGACGGUCGUGCUUGAUGUAGUAGACGAGGUUGUUGUAACUGUGCUUGACGUUGUUGAUGUAAGGGUUGUUGAACUGGUUGUGGCUGUUGUGCUGGUUGACGAUGAUGAACUGCUACUGCUGGAUGUGGAAGUCGUGGAGCUGGAGCUUGUGGAGGUCGAGGUCGUGGAGCUACUUGAUGAGCUUGUGGAACUUGUCGAGCUGGAGCUGGUGGACGUGGUAGUGAUGGACGUGCUGCUGGAGCUGCUGCUCGUCGACGAAGUACUGGUCGAAGAUGAUGAUGUAGUUGUGAUGGUGGUGCUGGAGGUACUCGUGCUUGUGCUGGAAGUCGAACUUGACGAGGUGCUAGUUGUGGAUGUUGUGGUGAAGGUUGUGCUCGUGGAUGACGAGGAUGUGCUGGAGCUGCUCGUGGACGAAGUAGACGUUGAUGACGUGGAGGUUGACGAGGUUGAUGUCGAAGUGCUCGUUGUUGAUGAGCUGCUGGUGCUGGAAGAAGAAGAUGACGUGCUCGUCGUGGACGUGGAGGAUGAUGUUGUUGAACUUGAUGACGUACUGGUGGUCGACGUUGUGGUGAUACUGGUGGAUGAAGUAGACGUCGAUGUCGAGCUUGUGCUCGUACUGGAGGAAGAUGUCGAGCUUGUACUUGUUGAAGAGGUGCUCGUGCUUGUAGUCGAAGUAGAACUGCUGGAGGUCGAGGUGCUUGUAGAACUUGUUGAAGAAGUUGAUGUAGAAGAACUUGACGUUGAUGAGGUCGAUGUGCUGGAUGUCGAUGUGCUACUGGAUGAUGAGGACGUGCUGCUUGUUGUCGAGCUGGACGUUGAUGUCGUAGUGGAAGAUGUUGUGGACGAUGAGGUGCUACUGGUUGAAGUGGAGGACGUAGAUGAUGACGAUGUGCUGGUGCUGCUCGUCGAAGUGGAAGAGCUGCUUGUUGAUGAUGUGCUAGUAGAGGACGUCGAAGUUGAAGUAGAUGAUGUUGAUGAUGAAGACGUGCUUGUGCUGCUAGUGGAUGAUGAAGAGGUGCUUGUUGAUGAUGUGCUGGUGGAUGAUGUUGAGGUUGAAGUGGAGGACGUAGAUGAUGACGAUGUGCUGGUGCUGCUCGUCGAAGUGGAAGAGCUGCUUGUUGAUGAUGUGCUAGUAGACGACGUCGAAGUUGAAGUAGAUGAUGUUGAUGAUGAAGACGUGCUUGUGCUGCUAGUGGAUGAUGAAGAGGUGCUCGUUGAUGAUGUGCUGGUUGACGAGGUUGAGGUGGAAGUGGAGGUGGUGGUGCUGGUGGAUGAUGUGCUCGUGCUGCUGGAAGAGGUGGAAGUUGUUGAGCUGGACGACGUGGAUGUGCUCGUGCUGCUGGUGGAACUAGAAGACGUGGAUGUCGAAGAUGUGCUGCUGGAAGACGUGGAUGUGGAAGACGUCGAGCUGGACGAUGUUGAUGAGGUGGUGGUGCUGGUAGAUGACGUGCUCGUGCUGCUGGAAGAGGUUGAAGUUGUUGAGCUGGACGUCGAGGAUGUUGAAGAAGUCGAAGAUGAGCUACUAGAAGUGGAUGUAGAUGUAGUGCUUGUGCUGGAAGAUGUCGUGCUUGUGGACGAAGUGGACGAUGACGAUGUUGAUGUGCUUGAUGUACUGGAAGAGGACGUGCUGCUUGACGAAGUUGUUGUACUGCUCGUUGAAGUAGAUGUCGUGCUGCUAGUGGAAGUGGAUGAGGAGGAUGAGGUCGUUGAGGAGGUGGUAGAUGAUGUUGAAGAGGUGCUCGUGGAUGAUGUUGUAGUUGUAGAAGUACUCGUGGAGGUUGUACUAGUUGACGAUGUGCUACUGCUACUAGUCGAGGACGAAGUCGUAGAAGUCGAAGUAGAACUCGUCGAGGACGACGAGGUGCUGGUCGAUGUGCUUGACGUUGAUGUGGUGCUUGAGGUGCUGCUUGUGGAUGUGGAUGAAGAGGUAGUGCUGCUAGAGGUGCUCGAAGUACUGCUUGUGGAAGAAGUUGAAGUAGAUGUAGUGCUGCUGCUAGUGCUGCUCGAGGAAGUUGAGGUUGACGAGGUACUGCUGGAUGACGUUGUAGUCGAGGAUGUGCUUGUGGUGCUGCUACUGGUGGAGGAUGUACUGGUACUGCUUGUGGAGGUAGAAGAGCUUGAGGAAGUUGUUGAGGAAGUGCUAGUUGUAGAUGACAAAGUCGAAGAUGUCGAUGUGGUACUGCUGCUGGUGGACGAAGUGCUUGUUGACGACGAGCUGGUGGUGGAUGUUGACGUGGAAGAUGUUGAUGUAGACGAGGAAGAAGUGCUGGUCGAGGAUGUCGAACUCGAUGAUGUGGAAGUGGAAGAUGUGGUUGUGGAAGAUGUGGUGGUCGAUGACGUCGUGCUGGAUGACGUGGACGUCGAACUGCUGCUCGUCGAAGAAGUGCUCGUUGACGAUGUCGAUGAUGAUGAGGUCGAUGUCGAUGUCGACGACGUGCUGGAUGUGGACGUUGAGGUCGACGAAGUUGAUGUCGUACUGGUGCUUGUGGAGGAUGUGCUCGUAGACGAAGUACUGCUGGAAGAAGUGCUGGUACUUGUGGUUGAUGUAGAUGAAGAUGAUGUGGAGGUUGAGGAUGUGCUUGACGAGGAUGUUGAAGUCGAUGAAGUCGAUGUAGUGCUGCUGCUGGUCGAGGAAGUGCUUGUGGAUGAUGUACUGGUGCUGGUGGUUGAAGAAGAUGAGCUUGACGUGGAUGUUGACGACGUGCUUGAGGAAGAAGUUGAGGUUGACGACGUCGAAGAGGUACUGCUGCUUGUGGAUGUGGUGCUGGUAGAUGAGGUGCUGGUACUGCUCGUGGACGUAGACGAGCUUGAUGUCGAUGUUGACGACGUGCUUGAGGAAGAUGUCGAUGUCGACGAAGUCGAAGUUGUACUGCUGCUGGUCGAGGAGGUGCUUGUAGACGAUGUGCUGGUACUGCUGGUGGACGUGGACGAAGUUGAUGUAGAUGAGCUCGAUGUUGAUGUUGAGGACGUGCUUGAUGAGGAUGUUGAAGUCGAUGAAGUCGACGUGCUACUGGUGCUUGUGGAGGUUGUGCUCGAGGAUGAAGUGCUGGUGCUCGUCGUGGAAGUAGAAGAGCUUGACGUGGACGUUGAUGAGGUGCUUGAGGAGGAUGUUGAUGUCGACGAAGUCGAUGUCGAACUGCUACUGGUGGAGGAUGUGCUCGUAGAGGAAGUGCUCGUGCUGGUGGUUGACGUAGAUGAUGAAGAUGUGGAGGUUGAGGACGUGCUUGAUGACGAUGUUGAAGUCGAUGAAGUCGAUGUGCUGCUAGUGCUUGUGGAGGUUGUGCUCGAGGAUGAAGUGCUGGUGCUCGUAGUGGAAGUAGAAGAGCUUGACGUCGAUGUUGACGAGGUGCUUGAGGAGGAUGUUGAAGUCGACGAAGUCGACGUCGAACUGCUGCUUGUGGAGGAUGUGCUCGUAGAAGAGGUGCUCGUGCUGGUGGUUGACGUAGAUGAUGAAGAUGUGGAGGUUGAGGACGUGCUUGACGAGGAUGUUGAAGUCGAUGAAGUCGACGUGCUGCUAGUGCUUGUGGAGGUUGUGCUCGUGGAUGAAGUGCUGGUACUGGUGGUUGAAGAAGAUGAGCUUGAUGUGGAUGUUGACGACGUGCUUGAGGAAGAAGUUGAGGUUGACGACGUCGAGGAGGUACUGCUGCUCGUGGAUGUGGUGCUGGUAGAUGAGGUGCUGGUACUGCUCGUGGACGUAGACGAGCUUGAUGUCGAUGUUGACGACGUGCUUGAGGAAGAUGUCGAUGUCGACGAAGUCGAAGUUGUACUGCUGCUGGUCGAGGAGGUGCUUGUAGACGAUGUGCUGGUACUGCUGGUGGACGUGGACGAAGUUGAUGUAGAUGAGCUCGAUGUUGAUGUUGAGGACGUGCUUGAUGAGGAUGUUGAAGUCGAUGAAGUCGACGUGCUACUGGUGCUUGUGGAGGUUGUGCUCGAGGAUGAAGUGCUGGUGCUCGUAGUGGAAGUAGAAGAGCUUGACGUGGACGUUGAUGAGGUGCUUGAGGAGGAUGUUGAGGUCGAAGAAGUCGAUGUCGAACUGCUACUGGUGGAGGAUGUGCUCGUAGAGGAAGUGCUCGUGCUGGUGGUUGACGUAGAUGAUGAAGAUGUGGAGGUUGAGGACGUGCUUGAUGACGACGUUGAAGUCGAUGAAGUCGACGUGCUGCUGGUGCUUGUGGAGGUUGUGCUCGAGGAUGAAGUGCUGGUGCUCGUCGUGGAAGUAGAAGAGCUUGAUGUGGAUGUUGACGAGGUGCUUGAGGAGGAUGUUGAGGUCGACGAAGUCGAUGUAGUGCUGCUGCUUGUCGAGGAAGUACUUGUGGAUGUCGUACUGGUGCUGGUGCUUGAUGUAGAAGAGCUUGAUGUGGAUGUUGAUGAUGUGCUCGAGGAAGAAGUUGAGGUUGACGACGUCGAGGAGGUACUGCUGCUUGUGGAUGUGGUGCUGGUAGAUGAGGUGCUGGUACUGCUCGUGGACGUAGACGAGCUUGAUGUCGAUGUUGACGACGUGCUUGAGGAAGAUGUCGAUGUCGACGAAGUCGAAGUUGUACUGCUGCUGGUCGAGGAGGUGCUUGUAGACGAUGUGCUGGUACUGCUGGUGGACGUGGACGAAGUUGAUGUAGAUGAGCUCGAUGUUGAUGUUGAGGACGUGCUUGAUGAGGAUGUUGAAGUCGAUGAAGUCGACGUGCUGCUAGUGCUUGUGGAAGUUGUGCUCGAGGAUGAAGUGCUGGUGCUCGUAGUGGAAGUAGAAGAGCUUGACGUGGAUGUUGACGAGGUGCUUGAGGAGGAUGUUGAAGUCGACGAGGUCGAUGUCGAACUGCUACUGGUGGAGGAUGUGCUCGUAGAGGAAGUGCUCGUGCUGGUGGUUGACGUAGAUGAUGAAGAUGUGGAGGUUGAGGACGUGCUUGAUGAGGAUGUUGAAGUCGAUGAAGUCGACGUGCUACUGGUGCUUGUGGAGGUUGUGCUCGAGGAUGAGGUGCUGGUGCUCGUAGUGGAAGUAGAAGAGCUUGACGUGGACGUUGAUGAGGUGCUUGAGGAGGAUGUUGAGGUUGACGAAGUCGACGUCGAACUGCUGCUUGUGGAGGAUGUGCUUGUGGAGGAUGUGCUCGUAGAGGAAGUGCUCGUGCUGGUGGUUGACGUAGAUGAAGAUGAUGUGGAGGUUGAGGACGUGCUUGAUGAGGAUGUUGAAGUCGAUGAAGUUGACGUGCUGCUAGUACUUGUGGAGGUUGUGCUCGAGGAUGAAGUGCUGGUGCUGGUGGUUGACGUAGAUGAGCUUGAUGUGGAUGUUGACGAUGUGCUCGAGGAAGAAGUUGAGGUUGACGACGUCGAGGAGGUACUGCUGCUUGUCGAGGAGGUGCUUGUAGACGAUGUGCUGGUACUGCUGGUGGAAGUGGACGAAGUUGAUGUCGAUGAGCUCGAUGUCGAUGUUGAGGAUGUGCUUGAUGAGGAUGUAGAUGUCGAUGAAGUCGAUGUGCUACUAGUGCUUGUGGAGGUUGUGCUCGAGGAUGAAGUGCUGGUGCUCGUCGUGGAAGUAGAAGAGCUUGAUGUGGAUGUUGACGAGGUGCUUGAGGAGGAUGUUGAGGUCGACGAAGUCGAUGUAGUGCUGCUGCUUGUCGAGGACGUACUUGUGGAUGUCGUACUGGUGCUGGUGCUUGACGUAGAUGAGCUUGAUGUGGAUGUUGAUGAUGUGCUCGAGGAAGAAGUUGAGGUUGACGACGUCGAGGAGGUACUGCUGCUUGUGGAUGUUGUACUUGUAGAUGUGGUGCUGGUGCUGCUCGUGGACGUAGACGAGCUUGAUGUCGAUGUUGACGACGUGGUGGAUGAAGAUGUCGAUGUCGACGAACUCGAUGUGGUACUGCUGCUUGUUGAGGAGGUGCUUGUUGACGAAGUGCUGGUGCUGCUUGUGGUCGUAGACGAGCUUGAUGUCGAUGUUGACGAAGUCGACGUGGUGCUACUGCUUGUAGACGAUGUGCUCGUAGAUGAGGUGCUUGUAGAUGAAGUGCUUGUGCUGCUUGUGGAAGAGGUAGAGCUGGACGUGGAUGUUGAGGAUGUGGUCGAUGAAGAUGUUGAAGUGGAAGAAGAUGUUGUAGUACUGCUGCUUGUAGAUGAUGAGGUAGUGCUGCUCGUGGACGUAGACGAGCUUGAUGUAGACGUUGAAGAUGUGCUGGUCGUGGAAGAAGUUGUUGAAGAAGUCGAUGUAGAGCUGCUCGUUGACGUGCUUGUGCUAGAUGUUGACGAAGACGACGUUGAGGUGCUUGUCGACGACGAAGUUGUUGAUGAUGUCGACGUCGUGCUGCUGCUAGUUGUGCUGCUGCUAGUUGUGCUGCUGCUGGUUGACGAAGUGCUCGUGCUAGUACUUGAUGUCGAUGAGGAUGUUGUGGAUGUGGAUGAAGUGCUUGUGGACGAUGUUGAGCUGGAUGACGUCGAAGUCGACGAGGAAGUUGUCGACGUCGUCGAAGUACUGCUGCUGCUUGUCGAGGAAGUGCUUGUUGAUGAUGAUGUGCUGCUGCUCGUAGAAGUGGAUGAAGUCGAUGUGCUCGUGGUAGACGAGGAAGUCGAAGAUGUAGAAGUUGUACUGCUGCUUGUAGACGAAGUGCUUGUGGAUGAACUGCUUGUGCUGCUUGUUGUUGUCGUGGAUAUUGAUGUGGUGCUUGUCGUCGUCGAUGUCGUAGUGCUGCUGCUGCUGGUAGUGGAGCUGGAUGUGGAAGAAGUGGUGCUCGACGAUGUCGAAGAAGUGCUGCUGGUGGUGCUGCUUGUUGAGGUUGAAGAAGUGCUGCUAGUCGAAGAGGUGGUUGAGGUUGAUGUCGUGCCUUGGUUCGCUUGCGUGAUGUGUUUUCCAUUACACUGCUUCUACAAGGCGCUGCUCACCGACUCUACAACAGUGCUGUCAGUCAGAAACCCUGUUGACACAGACCUGGAACUGCUAUGGACGCCAGAGAAGCUAAGGAAGCUGCUUGUGCUGCUUGUCGAGGUUGAGGAGCUUGAGGUCGAUGUGGAAGUUGUUGAGGAGCUUGUGGUGGACGUUGAAGUCGUGCUUGUAGUAGAUGUCGACGUCGUGCUGCUGGUACUUGACGACGAGCUUGUGCUGCUGGAAGAAGAUGUAGAGCUCGACGUGGACGAGGACGUUGUUGUUGUGCUGGAUGUCGACGAUGACGAAGUCGACGAUGUGCUGCUGCUCGUGGAUGACGUGCUCGUGCUGCUCGUCGAGGUUGACGAUGUUGAGGUGGAGCUUGACGUGGUACUGGUUGUAGAUGUCGAUGUCGUUGUACUUGUUGACGAAGAGGUGGAGGUCGAGGAGGAUGUGCUGGUUGUUGACGACGAAGUUGAAGAUGUUGAUGUCGUGGUGGAAGAUGUUGAAGAGGAGGAUGUGGAAGUUGUAGUGCUGCUUGACGAAGUGCUGCUUGUGCUGCUGGUUGAGGUGGUCGACGUGGAGGUCGAUGUUGUCGAUGUCGUAGUGCUGCUUGACGUGGAGGUGGUACUGCUAGUGGAUGAAGUAGUCGACGAUGUUGUGGACGUGCUCGAGGUAGAUGUUGAAGAAGUGCUGCUGGUGCUUGAGGAGGAAGUUGACGAGCUUGUGGAAGUAGAUGUCGAGGAUGUGGACGUACUACUUGUAGACGAAGACGUGCUGCUGGUCGAAGAAGUUGAUGUCGAGGUGCUACUUGUACUUGUGGAAGUUGUAGAUGUCGUUGAAGAGGAUGUAGAGGUGGAAGAAGUGCUGGUGCUGGACGUUGACGAUGUAGAAGAUGUAGAUGUCGACGACGACGUGGAUGAAGUAGUUGUCGAUGAGGUUGACGAAGACGAGGUUGUCGAUGAUGAUGUGGAGGUAGAACUGCUAGAUGUGGUCGUGCUGGUUGAUGUUGUGGUCGAGGAGCUUGUCGUCGACGAGGAUGUUGUGGAAGUAGAUGUGGACGUCGAUGUGGUUGUUGUGGUGGAUGUCGUCGAGGUUGAAGUAGUACUCGAGGAAGUGGAACUACUGGUGCUUGUGGAAGACGACGUUGAUGUGGAGCUGCUGCUACUGGUAGUGGUGGAGCUUGAUGACGUGCUCGUGCUCGUGGUGCUGGUCGAGCUGGAAGAUGUUGAUGAAGAUGAUGACGUUGAAGAGCUGGUGGAAGUGCUGGUGGAGGAAGUGGAGGUGCUACUUGUUGAUGAGCUUGAAGUGGAUGUCGUGCUGCUGCUCGUGGUGCUAGUGGAGGACGUGGAUGACGAGGUGCUACUGCUUGUUGUUGUGGAAGAUGAUGUGGACGUUGUUGACGUGGAUGAUGAUGUUGUUGAAGAUGAAGACGUUGAUGAGGUGGAGCUUGAACUUGUAGUGGUCGAUGAGGUUGACGAAGACGAGGUCGACGAUGAUGAGGUGGAGGUAGAACUGCUAGACGUAGUCGUGCUGGUUGAUGUUGUGGUCGAGGAGCUUGUCGUCGACGAGGAUGUUGUGGAAGUAGAUGUGGACGUCGAUGUGGUUGUUGUGGUGGAUGUCGUCGAGGUUGUAGUAGUACUCGAGGAAGUGGAACUACUGGUGCUUGUGGAAGACGACGUUGAUGUGGAGCUGCUGCUACUGGUAGUGGUGGAGCUUGAUGACGUGCUCGUGCUUGUGGUGCUGGUCGAGCUGGAAGAUGUUGAUGACGACGAUGACGUUGAAGAUGUGGAUGAACUUGACGUGCUUGUCGUACUGGAUGUAGAGGUCGUGGUGCUGCUAGAUGACGAAGUGGAAGUUGAGGUCGUGCUGGAGCUUGUGCUGGUAGAAGAUGUUGUCGUCGAAGAAGUUGAACUGGUGGAUGAGGAGCUUGUGCUACUGCUGGUGGAUGUCGUAGUGCUGCUGCUCGUCGAGGUGGAGGUAGAAGUCGUUGUGGUUGACGAGGAAGUGGAGCUAGAAGAUGUCGAAGUGGAUGUGCUGCUGGUGGAACUAGAAGAUGAAGUGGAUGUGCUUGACGAUGUUGUGCUCGUGCUUGUGGUAGAUGAUGUGGUCGUUGAAACACUUGUUGACGAGGUGGAUGUAGAAGUCGUCGACGUGGAAGAAGUCGACGAGGAAGAAGUGGAAGAGGAAGAAGUCGAAGUGGAGGAUGUCGAAGUGGAAGAACUCGAAGUGGUGGUGCUGCUGGUUGUUGAGCUCGACGUCGUUGUUGAGGUUGACGAUACAGUGGUUGACGACGUGGAUGUUGUUGUAGACGAUGACGACGUACUGGAGGUGGUACUUGUACUUGUGCUGCUGGAUGUGGUCGUCGAGCUGCUGGUCGUACUUGAGGACGAGGAAGACGAGCUUGUGGACGACGUAGUUAUAGAUGUGCUUGUGCUACUGCUUGAGGAUGUGCUAGUGGAGGUCAAUGUAGAGGACGACGAUGAUGAGGUGCUCGAUGUGCUCGACGUGGUGGUGCUGGAGCUUGUGGUUGUUGAGCUGCUAGUGCUGCUCGAUGUACUGGUGCUGGUUGAUGUGAAUGUGGAGGAAGAUGUGCUACUACUUGAUGACGUUGAAGAGCUACUAGUUGUGGUGGACACUGUGGAAGUACUGGUGCUUGAUGAAGUUGUGGUUGGGGUGGUCGUAGAAGUCGUCGAGGAUGAUGACGUCGAGGAGGACGAACUACUUGAUGAAGUCGUGAUCGUACUUGAGGUGCUGGACGAAGUUGUGGAGCUGCUUGUUGUAAUUGUGGAUGUUGUUGAUGUACUUGUACUACUCGUUAACGAUGUGCUUGUCGACGUGGAUGUGCUCGUUGAGGAUGUGCUUGUAGAACUCGUGGUAGACGUUGAUGAUGUUGCAGUGGUUGAGCUGCUUGUGGUGCUACUCAGGCUUGUUGAUGAGGACGAGGACGACGUGGAACUUGAUGACGUCGUUGAGGUCGUCGACGUCGACGUGGAGGUGGUGCUACUCACAGUGGAGGAUGUCGUGGUACUUGUAACACUGGUGGUGCUUGUGACAGAUGUAGUUGAUGUAGUUGAUGUAAAGGUAGUUGUGGAAGUCCCGCUGGUCGAUGAUGUCAGCGUUGUUGACGUGGUGACCGACGUGGUGCUGCUGAUGCUUGUCGAUGAUGUGGUACUUGUAGCACUGGUGGUGCUUGUGACAGAUGUAGUUGAUGUAGUUGAUGUAAAGGUAGUUGUGGAAGUCACGCUGGUCGAUGAUGUGGUACUUGUAGCACUGGUGGUGCUUGUAGUUGAUGUAAAGGUAGUUGUGGAAGUCACACUGGUCGAUGAUGUCACUGUUGUCGACGUGGUGACCGAGGUGGUGCUGCUGAUGCUAGUCGAUGAUGUGGUACUUGUAGCACUGGUGCUGCUUGUGACAGAUGUAGUUGAUGUAAAGGUAGUUGUGGAAGUCACGCUGGUCGAUGAUGAGGUGCUUGUAGCAGUGGUGGUGCUUGUGACUGUUGUUGUCAGGGUGGUUGUGGACGAAAUACUGGUCGAUGAUGUCAACGUUGUCGAUGUGGUUACCGAGGUGGUUGAUGUUAAGGUAGUCGUGGCAGUCACGCUGGUCGAUGACGUCAAUGUUGUGGAAGUCGUGCCACUGGUGGUACUCGUUGCAGAGGUCGUUGAUGUGACUGUAGUCGUAGAUGUCACACUGGUCACAGAUGUGGUUGCAGUUGUGGUGCUAGUAUCAGUGGUUGUGCUGGUUGCAGACGUCGUUGACGUGAACGUUGUCGUGGACGUCACGCUGGUCAAUGUUGUGGAAGCUGUGACAGAGGUGGUGCUGCUCACUGUCGCAGUGCUAGUGGUACUCGUCGCCGAGGUACUCGUUGUGACAGUAGUCGUAGAUGUCACACUGGUCAUAGAUGUGGUUGCAGUUGUAGUACUAGUAACAGUGGCUGUGCUGGUUGCGGACGUCGUUGAUGUGAAGGUUGUCGUGGACGUCGCGCUGGUCCAUGUCGUGGAUGCUGUAGCAGAGGUCGUGCUUGUGGUGCUUGUCACCGUUGUAGUG